AUGGCAAAGCAAUAUCUUGACUUGCAGAUUGCCCCCGCGGACAUUGCGUUCGGUCUGAUGGCCGACUUCGAAGCAGACCCUCACCCAAACAAGGUAUCAUUAAUCGCCGGAGCAUAUCGCAACGAGAAUGGAAAACCUUGGGUUCUGCCAAGCGUCAAAGAGGCAAAGCAACGCCUUAGCGAAACCACCCACGAAUACCUGGGCAUAGCAGGCUCCCCAACCUUCACCAAGCUGGCAAAGGACCUCAUCCUCGGCCCCAUUGCAUCCAACCUCCAAGACAGCGCAGUCUCAAUGCAAACGGUUUCCGGAACAGGCGCAAACCAUCUCGCAGCCACAUUCCUGGCCCGUCACCUCCGCCCUAAUCGCGUCUUCAUCCCCUCCCCAACAUGGGUUAAUCACAAGUCUAUCUGGGAGAUGACCGGGGUUCCGGUUGUAGAGUACCCGUACUACUCUCUAGACACAAGGGAAGUAGAUAUAACCGGGAUGCUAGAUACCUUGAACCAUGCCGAACCCAAUGACGUCGUCAUCCUGCAAGCCUGCGCGCACAAUCCCACCGGCGUGGACUUAUCAAGGGCCCAGUGGAUAGAGGUCUCUGAUCUCGUCCAGCGGAGGAAAGUCUUCACCGUCUUCGACAGUGCAUACCAGGGCUUCGCGACGGGCGAUGUUGACGGCGAUGCGUGGGCGGUUCGUUAUUUUGUAGAGAAUGUCCUCGCGUCCAAGACGCAUCCCGGCCUAUGUAUUGCUCAGUCGUUCUCGAAGAACUUUGGUUUAUACGGCGAACGUGUGGGUGCACUACAUCUGGUUGUACCGCGGCAUCUUUCGGCAAAGGGUGCGCUAUCUGAACUGAUGUUGAUUUCGAGAGCGGAGUAUUCUAAUCCACCGCGCUUUGGGGCGAGUAUUGUUGAGACUGUCCUUGGGGAUCAGGGUCUGAGGGCUCAAUGGAAAACAGACUUGGAUACAAUGAGCUCACGUAUCCAGAGGAUGAGGGGUUUGCUGAGACACCGGCUGGAGAAGGAGACGCUGGAGGAUUGGUCACAUGUUGAGAAGCAAAUUGGGAUGUUCAGCUACACGGGGUUGACGGAGAAGCAGGUGUCUCGACUUCAAAAGGAUUUUCAUGUCUAUCUGCUGCCCUCGGGUCGGAUGAGUGUGUGUGGACUGAAUGAGGGUAACAUCGACUAUGUGGUGCAUGCUAUUAGUGAAGUCGUCAAAACUGGUUGUGUUUAG